UCAGCUUCAUCAGCUCCAUCAGGUCCAUCAGGUCCAUCAGCUCCAUCAGCUUCAUUAGCUCCAUCAGCUUCAUCAGCUUCAUCAGGUCCAUCAGCUCCAUCAGGUCCAUCAGCUUCAUCAGCUUCAUCAGCUCCAUCAGGUCCAUCAGCUCCAUCAGCUCCAUCAGCUCCAUCAGCUCCAUCAGGUCCAUCAGCUCCAUCAGGUCCAUCAGCUCCAUCAGCUUCAUCAGCUCCAUCAGCUCCAUCAGGUCCAUCAGCUCCAUCAGGUCCAUCAGCUCCAUCAGCUUCAUCAGCUUCAUCAGCUUCAUCAGCUCCAUCAGCUCCAUCAGGAUGCUCGGAGCGUCGAACCCGGGAGAAGGAGCUCUCCUCCGGGACAGCGGAGCCAUAA